AUGGCAGAAGCAUCUUCAUCUUCAUCCUCAACAUCAAGGGAUUCUGAGCCAAAGUUCAAAGACAUUAAAGUUCAAAUAAAUAGGGAUACACCUAUCCUUAUGCAACUUCCCAUAAAUAAAAAACUGAAUGAAAUCCGUCCUUUACUUGCCGACGAAGUAAAUGUUCGAAUGGGUUCAAAAAUGUAUUUCAUGACCCCAGUAGCCAAAAUCUUACAAGCCAACGAAUGCAAAUAUCUUUUAUCAAAAAUUCUUUAUAAUAAUAAUCUAAAAAUUAUCGGCGAACAGGAACCAGACUGGGAAUAUAUAAAGAACACAUGUAAACUGGAGUAUGGAGUUGUCUUUUCGAAAAAAGGCCCAGUGAGCGCAAAGAAAAAAGCAUUUGAUAUUACGGGACUUCAUCUGAGAAAGUUAGCAAGACCAAUUACAAUUGAUGAAACAAUCGUGUGCCAAACUGAUUUUGAUAAGAGUUGUGUGGAAAAUCUUUUAGCAAAGGUUGAAGUCACGGCGAAGUUACCGUGGUCAUCAUCGAUUUCAGCAACCCUUGGUGGAUCUAUAGAGACUGAAAAUCACAUAAACAUUGGAAAUUUAAGUACUUAUCGGACAUCAAAACGUAUAAACGCUAAACUAUCAUAUUCAGAACAAGAAGUAAAACCAACAAAAGAAUUCAUAAAGGCUGUUGAUGUCGCGCUCGUAUCAGAUGAUCCACGUAAAAACCUUAAAAUAGUUGCUAAAGAGUACGGACCAUUAUGGUGCAAUAUACUCGGAAUUGGUGGUAGGAUUUUAUUUAUAGAAAGCCAAGAAACAAACCUAAAUGAGUAUAUUAGCUCGACAGAAACAACAGCUGCCGGGAAUAUAAGAGUAACCGAAUAUGCCGAGAUUGGCGGAGAAGCAGGAAGAUGUCAACAAAUGAGACAGAUGAAUUCAUUUAUUAAUAAAUAUUCUUUUUUUCGAAUGUUUGGUGGCUCAGAAGAAAGUUAUCACGAAUUUGGAAUGUCUGGAUGGUUAAGUUCAUUAAACGACUAUCAGCAAUGGGCAGUAGCGGAAUAUACCGAAAUAAAUUCAAUCUUUGAUAUCUUGGAUCAAGACAGGAGAUCAAAAGUUGCAGCAGCAUUGACAAAACAAAUCUUAGAAUCGAAAAUUGAAACAUUAUCUUUCCGAAUGGACUUUUCUCGAACAGAUCCAUAUUCCCAUGAACUACCUCAAAAUCUUCAACUUUCUAAUACAGAUCAGAUAUUUGUAACAAUAAUGAAAGAAGACGAAUCAAAAAACUUAUUUGCUACACGAGUUCAUUAUAUAGAUGAUAAAAGUCCGCCUGUAAUUCUUAUUCAUCGCCUGGGGAAAUUAAAAAAGCGAUCAAAAUCGCCAAUAGUUAAUUUGAAAUUGGGUUGGAUUGUGAUUGGCACAUCUACAAUGUUAAAUUUAUUUGGGCAAUCUUUAGCGCAGCAACCAGUUUUCGAAAGUGAUGAAAUUAAAGCAAGUACAUGUAAUAGCAAUAAACGACUUAUAGCUAUUAUUACGAAUAAACGAAAAAAAGACCCAAAUAGUAGUAUUUUGGCUACUUGUGUUUCAAGAACAAAUGAUUUGCAACAAGAUCCAAUGGCUUCCAAAUAUAUCGCAGGAACUCAUUUCGUUAAUAACGAUAAGAAUAAUGCUAUUGAGGCUUGUACUUUUUGUUAUGAUCUACAAAAUAUGAAACCAUGUCUUCAAUUCGAUAAUAUGCCAGUUAAACUUUCAGUCAAUUAUAGCAUCGUCGCUGGAACAGGAAAACUCAAAUUCGGGCAAACUCAAAUCACUAGUAAACCUAUUACUAGUAAACCUUUAGGUUCAAUACUAAGUCAAUCGAAACGCUUUGAAGUUUGUUUUGACGUUUAUCUGAAUCUAACUGAGCAACCAACGACUCCACCCACGUCUUCAUUAAGUGAACGGGAACAAUCGCUAUCAUCAUCAUCCGCACAAAGAACUUUACAAAGCCCAAUCUUCAUUAGCUUAGUUUCGGACAAUUGUCCAGCGCAUUGUGUUCACGGCUUUUUUAAUAUUACUCCAAAUCAUGCAAUAUUUAAGUCUCUAAAGAAUUCAUUUACAAAGAAUGGGCAGGUCGCAUAUUUCUGUGUCCCUACUAGAAAUAGAAACGAAGAGGAUGGUGAUUAA